AAAAACAUCUAACGCUGCCUGGCAUUUAAAGAUCCAUCUCGGCUACAUCAUGGUUGGGCUUGAUGACGGGAGAGGAAGAGACGAAAACUAAAGUGAGAGGCGGUCGCUGUAGUGGCGGCGCAAAGGCGCUGGCGGACGUAAAGCAACAGGCCAGUGCACGAAAGUGCGUACGUGGGAGCAGGCGUCUAACCUGUAGUCAGUUAAUUGUGCGGCUUGGUUGAAGAACAAAAUCGGGAGUGGAAAAACGCGAGUUUCCUCGAUGAAUUGCCGACCUGAACCUCGUUAUGGAGGUGCUCAAGACCAACCAGGAGAUUGUGCACGAAGGAUGGCUUAUCAAGUCGCCACCCACGAAGUUGUGGAGAGCGAGAUGGAGAGAAAGAUGGUUCACCCUGCGACACAGUGGAGAAUUGCCUGGGCAGUAUUUUCUAGAAUAUUAUACAGAUAAAAAAUGUAGAAAACUAAAAGGGAAAAUCGAUCUUGAUCAAUGUGAACAGGUGGAUGCUGGUCUGAGAUUUGAGAAUCGUAAGCAAAAAUAUCAGUACAUGUUCAACGUUAAGACACCAAAAAGGACCUAUUAUCUUGUGGCUGAAAAUGAAGCUGAUAUGAAUAAAUGGGUUGAUGCCGUUUGUCAAGUUUGUGGCUUAAAAGUUCAGGAUGAUGAGCAACAACUGCAAAUAUAUCCAUUUGAGUCGCAAGAAUCUCCACCAAUCUCCCCAGCAAGUACAAUUUCCGGUCCUUAUAUUCCUAUAAGCGAGUGUAUAUCUGGACGAAGCUUAAACGACACGAGUUCUCUCAGUUCAGUUAUGUGUCAAGGUCCUGAGAUUUACGAUGCACCGAGGAGGUUGGCUCCAUCUCCACCUAGAUCGCCUACUACAACGGAUGCCGAAAGUGUAUUUACCGACGACGAGUGGACUGUACCAGUGCCUAGUGUUAAUUGGAAAACUUUUCCCUCGACAGGUGAAUCAAAGCCAUCAAACAGUGCCAAUGAUGCAGACAUAGGUUCCUGGAGUGUGCGCAAGAGAUUUGGUAAGUUGCGAAUAGUAGACUCGGCAACUCCACCAGCCGCAGAGGAAGUCCCAGCGCCACCAAGACCACCGAAGCCAGCGCAUAUGUCUCUCGAAAAUCCCGGGCACAAUUACCUCAAUUUAGACGGAGCGACCGAAAGCUCAAAACCAGUUACCCCGGCUACACCGGCACCAACUACCCCAGCAACGGCCAUAAUUACUGAUGAGACUUACGAUUUUCCAAGAUCUCACCAGCCUGAAUCGAUCGACAGCAGUACGCUUAGCAGGCGUCCUAGGCAUUGUUACACUAAUGCUGCACCGACGAAAGCUACUGGAAAAGAUGAACGUGUCUUCCGUUACGACUUUCAUGAUGAUGAACCACCAAGUCCCCGUUCAGAAUCUUCAGCAACGGCAACGUAUUCGAAUUUACCGAGCCCCUUGACUAAGCCAGAUAUUGUAGGAACAACUAAUAAUUCAAGUCAUUCAGUAUUAACUACGUUACUGACAUCUCCGACAUUAAUGGGACCACCGCCUCCAGUUGUCUAUCGAGAACUCAAACCUGGAAGAAAAACUAGUGAUACACUAUCAAUGAUCAGUAACGAGCAUUCGCCUGGUCCUGUCAAUGUUGGCCCUGAGAUAAGCCCAUCGGAACACUCACCAGCUGAACCACCCAGCAUCAAUCGACGACUCAAACCACCAUUAACUAAACCACCACUUCAAAGUCCUUUGCAAUUGGCUUCACCACCUGGACGAAAUAGAGCGAGAGUAGUACCAAGUCCUACGCCUCCGAGUGUUCAUUCAAAUAGACUUCAGUCACUUUCUGACGAUGAUAAUAUCCAUGAAGAUAAAGAAGAGAUUUACUAUUUUCAGGAUCAGAAUAGUUUCAUUCCGGCAUCGUCUCGUAAGUUUGUCGAUUUACAGUACCUUGACCUUGAUUUAGAAUCAUCCCAAACUUCUAAUGCUCCGACUCUGCUACCUGUUCAAUCAUCUCCGAGUUCAACAGUUUAUAAAACUGUCGAUUUCGUUAAAACAGAAGCUUUCAACCGGACCAGGCAGAGGGUCGAAGAAGAACGAAAGCAAUGCACGGAUGGUUUAAGUUAGCUUUUUAACUCGUUGUUUUUUUUAAUUAUUAUUCGUUGACACUGUAAAUAGAUAAUAAUCAGUGCUAUAAAAUUUUUUUUAAGUAUUCGAGAUAUGUUGAAAAAUAAGUUAUAUGUUGAUAGAGAAAUGAUUUAAUUUAUAGCCUUAACAUUGAUACUUUGUAAUUCUUUUCUAAUAUUAAUGCAAUAAGUAAUUUGUGCAUUUGGUUAAUUAAGCACGUAAUUGUGUAAUUUAUUUUUUUUUGUCGCCAUAUUUUUAUAUAGAUUUUGAAUUUUUUUUUUAUUAUUUUGUUUAACGUCGCUCUAUUUAUGCUCCAUCAGUGCUAAUCAGCGACGGAAGCUUGCAAUGUGUUUGAGAGUAAAGCACAUAAAAGUGUUUUCAGUGGUGCUUGUAUCAAUCAGCAGGGACUGGAAAUCGAACCCGGGCCUACCGGGUACGAGUCCGUCGCCCUACUAACCGAACCAUUGCAAGUCCCUAGAUUUUGAAUUAUUUCGACAUUUGUAACUUAUUCGUGAACUCAAACACAUAUCUAAGUAAAAAGUAUGUUUGAUUAUCAACCAAUUUUAAUACCAACUUCUGCUUCAAAGUAUUUUUCCGAAUUGAUAAUAACGCAUCGCAUCAAUGAUAAUGAAUUUAGAUUGUAAAUAUAACAAACCUCAAUAUUUUUAUAGAAUGGUAUUUAUUGGGUAGAUCUCGGGAAUCCGUCGGAAAAACAUUAUUAAAUUGCAAUUAAUUAAAGUAGCAAUAUUUGAAAGGACCAAAAAAAUAAAUUUAAUAAUUUUAAUAAUUGUAUUGUAAACCAUUUAUAUCCAUUUUGCAGCUUAGCUGUGUAUGUCGUACAUUUUUUAACACAGAAUAGAAGAAAAAUUAUUUACAUACUUACAUGAUAAAAUGAAAUACCAAUUUCACGUUUCGGAUGCGAAAGAGAUAUAUUAAAUUGUAAUUUUAUUUAUUUUGUAUUCACUGUAUUAAUACAGGUAUUCUGAAUAUCCAGAAAAAAGAAAAU